GGGUUAGCGCUGAACCUUUUAAUAAACGGAAUGCCCUCUCCCCACGUUCAAACAGUUUCGACUGACCGCCAGUUGACUGUCACACUGCCAUCUCGUGCUUGAUCCCCUCAAGGUCAGUACAACAAUCCUGAUAUCGUGCACGAUGGCAGACUUUGUUUCAGAUGCCUUCUGUGACGUUGAAUAGUGUGUCAGGCAACUCGUUUGUCAACGUUCGCAAAUUAAAUGCAGGACGCUGUCUGCAUGGAACCUCGACAAUCGCAACAAUCCCGGACGAAUUACUGUCUGCCAUAUUCCAUAUCGCAACGCACGAUUUUCACGACUGUUAUGACGCUAUAUUUCACGCUACCACAAUCUCUCAUGUUUGCCAACGUUGGAGAAACGUAUCUCUUUCGACCUCAUCAUUAUGGACUGUCAUUGUUCUCGCAUUCCCCACUCGCUGCACUCAAUUCUUCCGCACUAUCGACUGGCUUGCGCGUUCUCGCUCUUGCCCUUUGCACCUAUACAUGGAUUUCCGAGAUCCCGCAUGGAAUUGGGACGAAGCGUCACAUUGCUUCGGAUGGAAAAAUAUGGAAAAUGUCAUGCGACUUAUCUUGCCCUAUGUGCACCGGUGGCAGAGGGUUGAACUUCUCACCGACACCUGGGCUCCUAUUUUUACCUUCCUCUCCUAUACUUCCCGCAUAAAAUCAGCUCCUAUGUUACAAGAUAUCCUUCUUUCCCGCUGUAACGCCUUCUUUGCUGCAAAGGGCGAGCUCUUCCGUCCUUCUGCAACCAGACAUCCAGUCUCCUGGUUCGGGGGAGGCUCGGCAUUUCACAGCCUUCGUCGGGUCUCCCUUGCCGGUGUGCACGUGAACUGGGAAAACUCGGGAUUGUCGGGUCUCUUGGAACUCGAAUUCAAAUACCACGCGAGCGAGGUGAUGCCGACAUUGCACGAGUUUUGCGACAUCAUAUCUGCAUGUCCCGAACUCGAGCGAUUAAGCAUCUUGGGAUGGGGUCCUCAGAUAGACGUGAACGUUGCGCCCAAGCAGCGCGCUCUCUACCUUCCACAUUUACGAGAAUUUGCCUUCGGAUUCAUUGAUGUCGAUUAUGCAAUUGAUCUCUUGUCGCUCUUUUACCUCCCCGCCCUCAAAACAUUUUCGCUGGAGGACAUCUCCUCUUCACUAGAUCCAUCGCACCCUUGCGAUUCGUCCCGUCUUUUGGAAUACCUCACAGCAGCCCACUACUCGUGCACAACAUCGUCUCACCUAUUCCCAUGCGCAACGUGCGGGCCAUAUCCCUUAUCUUUACUUCGUUCUUUGGAGCUUCACAGCCUUACAUCGUGCGGCGCUUCUUUGCGUUGCUUUUUGCAGGAAACCGCGACUCUCGACCAUCUCGUACUGUCUGGUCUAGACGAGCCGAACUUGCAAGCGAUAGUUCCAGACCUAAUCACCGCGGCGCUUUGUCCAAGUCUUCUUGACUUGAAAUUCAACGAUACAGACCCGACGAUCGCCGCGUUAUUAGCUUCCCUCUCAGACGGUAUCGUUCGCAAUUCCAAUUCUCCAUCGAUGCGUGUGAUCGUAGCUGCGAAUGUUGCCGAUAAUGAUGACGACGCGACACACGAGCUCGUGCACCUGUUGAGGGCCGCUGGCGUCGAGGCCAUGAUUUUAGGGAAUGCCACUUCUUAGAAGCUUGGCAAGGGAAGCCGCAGCAUCAUUUACCAUUUUCACGCACCGCUCAUCAGUCACUCGUUCUUCCCUUCCCUGCACUGCACGUUUUCCCCUUUAUUACCAGCAAUUUAACGCCCAUUCCCCUGCCUUUGUACGUAUGUAAUCCUCUUCGGCAUUUGUGUAGUGUAUCAAUAUGCCCACGCAUCUCCCUCAUUUCCGUCGAAGUCGCAUGUAGUAAAUCCGUACUAUAGAGCUGAAUCACCUGUAGUGUAUGUAUGUCUUCUGUAAUAAACGCUCGUUUGUCUCGGA